AUGUUCUGGCGCAGCAUAUCCAAACACACCAUCCAGAGCUUCUGGAGAGCGGCCGAUCUUCGCUCAGGGCCAAGGGUCAUGCCCCUGGGACUCCUCUUCGACCGAUUCCUGCAGGUAUCCUGGCAGUUGCUAGAGACCAGCGCACGGAGACAGAUUCCAACUUAUGCCAAGAAAUUUCUCAGCGCGCGAUCCUGGAAGAGUUCUAGUUUAGCCGCAACUUUCUUUAACGCGAUUCGUAAACCUGUUGUCUCCCGAAUCGUUGGGCAGAACACGUACCUGUCGAGUUCGUCUUUCAAUUUUACCACCACCUCAGCAAUCUGUGGGUCCGAUUUGCAUUUUUACCAUGGCUAUUGGGGGCCUCCCAACGUGCCGUGGGGCCUAGGCCAUGAGGCGGUUGGAUACGUCUCGGAGGUUGGCGGUGCCGUGCCAUCUCUCCUGGUUGGAGGCUAUUUUAUUAUCCCAGAUAAUGCACAUGAUGGCCAUUACAGUCAACCUCAUCCGCUUUCUUUAGCCGAGUACGCUCGUGUCCCUUUCGCGGAUAUGAGCCUUAUCCCCAUUCCUUUUAACGGUCGGACUGGAAAUGCAACUAAGGAACUUGACUAUUUAAUGGUUUCGGACAUUUUCUCCACUGGCUGGCAGGUGCUGAGCUACAGUGGAUUCCAGCCAGGUGUUACCGUCGCCGUCUUCGGGGCAGGGCCGGUAGGCCUCAUGGCGGCGUACUCCGCUAUGCUUAGCGGUGCUGAGCGCGUCUACUCGGUUGACCAGGUCCCAAGUCGACUAGGACUGGCUUCUUCGAUAGCCACUGUGCCCAUCAGCUUUAAUACUUCAGAUCCCGUUGCGCAGAUCAUUACUCUUGAACCGAAUGGAGUCACCAGGGCUUUGGAUUGCUCGUCGGCCAGCAAGGAGGCAUUGCCAUCGCUGAUGUUUACACUGGUGGACAGAAUAGCACCCGGGGAGCUCCGUUGGCCGACCAGAUUCCUGCCCAAGCUCCUAUACCAUCGCAUCCUUGUGGGGGAAAGCCCUGACCGUGGGAAGCGGAUUGUUCUGCCACUAGACCAUGCGCAAGCGCUUAUUGACUUGAUCGCCGCCGGUCGAGCUACUCCUAGCUUGUGGUGA